CCGGACCCCGAUGUUAUCACUCGAUUGUGGAUUUCAAAGCAGCGAACAAAACCCGCCCACGUCGUGCUACAACCUUGUUUUCUAAGCAAAUGCCUCUCAAGUUUACACCUGCAAGAGUAUUUACAACUGCUUCUCUCUUUACAAUAGCUGGUUAUUCAGCAUAUCAAUAUCGAAUCUCACGUAUCAACUCUAACACCACGCCCCCCACUUCAUCUAACAAGAUGACGGCCGAUAACUCGUUUGAGACCCUCUUUGCUGUUCCGCUGUCAUGUGACGGUUGUGUCAAGGCGGUUUCAGACUCUCUGUACAAGCUCAGCGGUAUCAGUAAUGUGGAAGGCAACUUGAAGGACCAGUUGAUUUCUGUUAAGGGCACCGCUCCCCCAUCAGCUAUCGUAGAAGCUAUCCAAGCCACCGGAAGAGAUGCCAUCUUGCGUGGAACGGGGGCCUCAAACAGUGCCGCUGUGAGUAUUCUCGAAACAUUUGAAGAUCCUGUGGAUGGCUUCUACGAAGAGCCUAGAAGAGAUGUAAGGGGGCUAGCAAGAAUGGUACAAGUUAGUUCAGGACGGACAUUGGUUGACUUGACUAUCCGCGGCGUUUCGCCCGGAACUUACAAAGCUUCAAUUCGCGCAUACGGUGACUUGAAGAACGGUGCGACCUCAACGGGUCCUGUCUGGACAGGAGAUGACAAGAAGCCUCGAGGUGACCUUGGUACUAUUGAGGUCGGUGAGGAUGGACGGGGCGCAGCCUUCAUAGACCAUGGUUUCCAAAUCUGGGAGGUCAUUGGACACGCCAUGGUUCUGACAAGGCAGGAAGAGAAGGACGAACCACUGAAGAACGAUAAGGACACCGUCGUCGGCAUUAUCGCACGAAGCGCUGGCAUGUGGGAUAACGAUAAGACGGUGUGCUCAUGCACAGGCAAGACGCUUUGGGAGGAACGAAAGGACGAGGUUCAGAAGGGAAUGCUAUGAUAACGAGGCAUUUACCAAAUCCAAGUCGCCAACCAAGUCUGAAUAUUAACGCUGAACAGUGCCAAGAGGAGGAUUAUUUCUGAUUUAUGGCAUGAUGCACACCCUUUGUUGAAGGCUUGUCGUCCACUCAACUGUUUCUCCGCAGACUUGAAACAAAGCCCAUGUAAUCUAAGUUGGGUUGAAGAGUGACAAGUGGAAGAUCUGUAACGUAUCGACGGUGCAGCGGCGAGAUGUGGUGCGAUAUCUGACCUGGGGACAAGAUCGAACAUGGGUCUUUUCCAUGAUCAUGGUUCGAUAUCAUUCCAAAGAGGCAAUAUCCUCGUGUUUAGCUGAGCCUCACGGAAAAACUGAUUCUCGUACUCGUUCACCUUAAAAGAAUUCGGAACUAUUUUCUGCGGUUACAUAUCCUCGUGAUAAAAGCUGGUAAACGGCUGAUGGAAGUUUGAGACUAAGGCAUAGACGGCAAGUAGAAUCUGAGAUCCAAG